AUGCCGACACUUGUGCGCGUAGCCGAUGUGUCUGAGUCGCGGCUUUUCUCUUCCGCUACCUCGCACGGAUCUCCAGAAGACGCUGGCGACUCUGGCAGAUGCGUCAUCAGCGGUGCAGUUUCACCUGCCCUGGCGCGGGAGCUCUCACUCCUAUCAAAUGAGGACCUCGUCCAGCGCAUACACCGUUUCAGCCGCUCAAACUUCGUUCCUUCGCAGCGACCGCUGCUCUACGCGCAUCUUAAGGAGUUCAUGAAGCCUAAGCGCUUGAUGUAUGCGUCUACGAAGACUGUCCAAGACCACCUUCAAGUUGCGAACGCAGCUGACAUGCACGAGACAUGCAUCGAGCUCUACCACGCUGCCCGAGAGCACAUGUCCGCCGCAGCGCUAUCGCUACGGCCUCCUUGUGCUUCUCUAACUCACAGUUCUGUCACUGGGGUCGGGCAGCUGGAUGCCAGCGUGCAUGUCGGGCUAUCGAUGGCGAGUAACAGCGUCACUAACUUGGCCACCGAUGGCGCCGUGCUUGUAAGCGCCUUCGUGGUGGAUAGUGCGUACGCCACACAACGGACAUCGGAACUCACACGACUUGCCUCUUACUGCGUCACGCAAUUGCUGGCGCCGUUACAUGCACAAGGGCAUGGCGCCACCACCGGAGAUACCAGCGCCGCAGCUGGGAAGGUUUUGCGGACGUUGGCGGUUCGCACACCGCGCGAGGUGGCAACAGAGCUGUCACUGGUUCGUUGCUUGUGGCGUGCGCUGUGCUUGGCGGAGUACUACAAGUGUGCUGAGGCCACCGGCACACGGGCGGUCAAAGGGAACACGGAGCAAGCACUCGCUGACGCUCUCACAAUUUUGGACGCGUGCCGGCCGGUAGCUUCCAUGCGGAGGGAGGCAGCCGUAGCGGUGCUGACUGCAGCUGCCACAGGGCACCCUUCUUGCUACGAGCACUCGGCCAUUGCAACGACAACACCGACGCUAUCACCGAGGCAGUCCUCGGAGUUGCUGGGAGUGGCUCUGAACUUCGUUCGCUACGCCUCCCUCGGCGACGAUGGCGAGUUCGCCUUCUACCAGUUCUGCAAGGAGGAAAGGAUUCUGUGGUCGCCACAACCGCUGUCGUGGAGUGCGCAGGGUGAGGCUAGCAAUUCCACCUCAUCCUUGUCCUCUGCAGCGGCGACUGGCGGCGCGAGCGCGUUUGCGUACAGUGAGGACGAAGUGCAGGUCUUCUACGCCGCACUCAUUGAUACGUGCGCUGCAGGGCGGCUUGUCUCGGAGGCACUACUUUAUUUCACUGAGGCGAGGCGCCUACUUGGUUGCCCACCACUCGCGGACGGCGAGGACACUGGUGCAGAGGCAGUGCUGCGGCGUGGGGCAGGCGGUGGGAGCGGGUCUCAAAUUGGCUUCGCGGCGGCGACCUUCACUGCUAAGAAGCCAUCCGAGGCAGUCAAUGCUGCGCCGGCGCCACUUGCCGCCUCUUUCCCAAGCAGUGAUGUGGGCAUUUCUCCCCUUCUCUCUUCACAGAGUCACCCCGUUACCAUUUCUUCCGGUGCGUACCCUGACAAUGCCAGCGCCAGGGCCAUCACCGUUGGCUUUUCCCUGACAGAGCUUCUGCUUCACCGACUCCUCUCCAUGUUGCAGACGGCGAAGGAAAACCACCACGUCGUGCGUCUCGCCAGAGCGCUUAUUGCCGCAGGGGCCGUCUCUCAGGUGAAGGCGCACAUAUGGACGCCGCUUCUCAUCUCCGCUGGCGCCGCGCGGGCGGCAGAUGUGGUGCUCACGGUGUACAGCUACGUCUUGGAGCGCUUGACUAGCCCUGCAUGCAGUGGUGGCAGUAGCGGUAGCGGCUGCACUACAGCGGAGCGGUAUACACUGGAGUACCUCUUGCAAACCUCACUCAACGCGCUCUCCAAAUGCCAGCUGCCACGCUACGAGCAGGAUUAUCUCCAGCCUGCGCGCGAGAGACAGGUGCUGCAUUGCACAGACGAGUUUUACUACAGCUGCCUUCUGCAAGAGGCUCACAACUCCAUGUGUCCGGCACAGCGGGCGGCCGAGGUGCUAGCGAGAAUGGAGGAGACAAAGGUACCCAUGACGGCGCCCAUCGUAUCACGACUGCUGAAGCUCUACCUGCGCGUGGAGGCGCCAGAGUUCAUCACGGUAUACCGCCACGCCGUCGAUGACCUCGGCUUGCCAUUGCGCUCCGUGUGGGCUGACCAACUCCUGCUGUGGGCCGACCGCCGCCGCUACUUUCUCUCUGCCGAUGACCGGGCGUAUGUUCUGCAGCAGUUGUUGUGCUCCAGGCGAGUGACAACGGUGACCGACCUUCAGCCACUGCUCGGUGGCUUCCGCACCCACUUUGCUCUUCUCUACUAUGAUCACACGCACGCUGCGCGUGAGCAGUUCCUCAGCGACGGAUCAGUGCCUGGGGAACAGCCAACCGUGAUGGACUCCCGCGCACAUUUUCUGACUACACGGCCGAUGAGCGUGCAGCGGGGAGUAAUGGCGCGUUCAGGGACAUCGUGGGUGUGCACUGGCGCGGGUGGCGAGGAGAUGGCUGAGGAUGAGGCCGAGCAACAUGGGAUCUUGCCUCGCAUGCUGGGCGAUGCGCCCCGCCGCACGUUGUACGCCAGCAUCGCGGAGCUGUCGGAGACGGCGCUGCUAUUUCCUUUUUCCCCCUCUGCCCGAAGCUCAGGCGACUCGGAGCGGCUGCACGACAUGGCACUUCAGGUGUACUUGGCCGAUGUCUUGGACGGACUGCAGCGCUCCUCCAACUGGGUAGUGUAG